GCCGUAGAUUUGAACAGAGUCAAAAUGACUGGUUUUGCUUGUGUUCGGGGUGGAUUUAUUCAUCUUGGCGCAAAUUUUAAAAAUAAUUUCACUGACGAAUGAAGAAAUAAUUAAGUUUGUCGAGUGAGAAAUUCACGGGUGUAUACAUGUUAAUUAAAUUAACCGGUCACCGCAAGUUAUACUUAAAUAAUAAGGCAGCGCAGGGCCGAAUGAAAUAUCCAUUUAUUUAACUGCAGUUCCGAAAUAGCGUGGUGACCAUAUAAUUCAAAAAGUUUUACGGAGUUAAGUGAUAUCAGAAAUUUAAGCAGUCGACGUAAAUUAAAUCGUGCCCGUAUACGACAUUUGUCGAAAUUGAAGCGACACAAACAGCACACGAAUUCCGCUUUGAAUCGAACAUAAGGGGUAAAGAGAGAUAAAAACUAGCAGUACAUAAAAAAAAGGAUAAUUUCAUAAUGGCCACUUUCCACAUCGAUCAAGAUGCAGAGAAGGAGAAUCCACAAAUGAAUGCGGUAUUAAAAGAAAAAACCCUGGCUACCGCCGGAAAUAGAGUGAAUCCCAUUCAGCCUUCUGUACUUGGAGGUGCCAUUCUGCCAGUUAAGGGAAAUCAGAUUGAUGGUAUGCGGAGCACUAACAUGGCAGUGCUAAAUGCAAAUUCAAAUAACGGACAUGGGCGCAAGACAGCUGGUGGUAUGGUAGGUAGCAAAGUGGCAUUUCGAGAGGUUGGAAAUGCACAAAUACACAAUAAUAAUACCGUAAUAUUAGCAGCAGCGGCAACAAACGGUAACAAAAAUAACUUUAGUGAUGCUUCGCUGGUUUACGCUGACGAUGAAUGCGUUUUUGAAUCUACGCCAAUGUCUGUGUCCGAGGUGCUUUCGCCGAUGUCCGUUGAUCGUUCCCUAGCUGGUAUUACUCAGCAAUCCGAUGUGUUUGAGGAUGACAAUGACGACAAAAAAGUCGCUGAUUUAACUACCGAAGAGGAGGAACGAAAACGACGCCUCCUCAUUCCUCGUAAUGAUCGACAACGUUUCUUUGAAGUUCUGGAAUACCAAAGAAAUAUCUUAGAAUAUUUCCUUGAAAGUGAGAAGAAGCGUCGACCUAAACCGUACUAUAUGCGUCGCCAGGCUGAUAUUAAUCAUUCAAUGCGCACAAUUCUCGUGGAUUGGCUGGUAGAAGUGUCCGAGGAGUACAAUUUAGAUACAGAAACUUUAUACCUAUCCGUAUCGUAUAUUGACCGUUUCCUUAGCCAAAUGUCAGUAGUGCGCAGCAAAUUGCAACUGGUUGGUACAGCAGCCAUGUUCAUUGCAUCGAAAUAUGAGGAAAUUUACCCACCAGAUGUCGGUGAAUUCGUGUUCAUUACAGAUGAUACCUACAACAAAGCACAAGUGUUACGCAUGGAACAGAUUAUUUUGAAAAUUUUAGCAUUUGACUUGUGCACACCGACGGCUUUCGUGUUUGUGAACACUUAUGCUACGCUGCUAGACAUGACAGACAAGCUUAAAUUUCUGACGCAAUAUAUUUGUGAAUUGUCACUUCUGGAAGCUGAUCCCUAUUUACGUUUCCUACCGUCGUUGAUAUCUGCUGCUGCCCAUGCAUUGGCAAGACAUCUGUUGGAUUACACGAUUUGGACAGUUGAACUGGAAGAAUUAACAACGUACUCUUUAGAAGACCUUAAAGAAGUCCUCUUGCAUCUCUGUAAAUCGCAUAAUGCUGCUACAAAACUACCGCAACAGGCUAUACAAGAAAAAUACAAGGCCGAUAAGUAUAAAAAGGUAUCAACAAUCACACCUAUUGAACUGGAUGAAGAAGCAUUUGAACUUAUUUUACGCAAAAACAAUGAAUUGCAAGGAAUUAGAAGGGAAGAAAUAGACGAAAAGCCCGAAUCGAGGACAAAUAACGAACAUAUACGGCGGACGAUCUCUCUGAUGUUCAAUUGAUCCAAAUAAGAUGAGCGGACACAUCUCAAUACCUACUUUAAAAGUUUUUCGAGUUUGUUGAGAAACGCUUAAUAGUACUUGUUCAUAUUUUAUAUUUCCUCUUAUAUUUUUGUUUGUGUUAAGGGUUGGCUAAAUUUCCGAUUCAAGCAUAUUUUCUCAGGUCGUAAAACUUUAAUUUGAAAAUUAAACUUAUAUGAUUGCUGUAGUCGCAAGACAAAAAUAUAAAGAAUUUAAAUGGUAACAUACUUACAUAAAAAAUUCGCUGCAGUAAAAGUUAAAGCUGUAAAACACGAGUAUUAGUUCGGCUAAUAAAAGUCAUUUCAUAUAAAAGUUAUUUCAGAAAAUGUGAAAAAUAAGUAUGCAACUACGUCAAUCAUAUUUACUUAUAAUUCAUGGGAUUUAUAUACAAACUGUUGAAGCGUUUGCUUGAGUAUAAUAAUUUAUCCAUUAUUUGUAUGUAUUUACUUGUGGAGUCAUUACGAACAACCGUCAACGGUUUCUUUAUUAAAAACAAAACAAUUUUUAAUUGUUCCCGCCAAUCCUUAUCCGAAAUAUCUAAUGAAGUAGUUUGUCUAGAUUUUUAACUGUAAGUUUUUAUUUUUAUUAUAAGUUGUUAUUUAUAUUUUUGUCUUUUUAUACGAUUUUACUAUCCUACAUAUUAACGAUUUUAAAAAUCCACAAAGGAUUAGUAAUCCGGUUUGGCAAACAAAACAUGAGCUUAUUAAAUACUGUAAUUCAUAUACAAAAUUACACAUAUUUAUGUAAUGUCGCAAAGGAGGUAUGUCCACUAAGAUAAUAUCUUUAAGAAUUCUGGCAUACAGUAUAAAACAUUGAAUGCUUGUAAUAUGCGUUGAACUUUUUCCAGAUUAUCCAUGAAUAAUCUCACUAGUAAAAAUUUUGCGAGUUGGUCCAAU